AUGUUAAGAAGUGAGCAUGACAGGAGGAAAUACAGUGAAGAGGAGCUUCAGGCUGGGCUGAGCUUUACAGAUGGCAGUGAGACGGGCAAACAAAGUGGUCCCCACCCCCAAAAGAUCUCAAAUUCCCUGAAUGUAAGAGCCAAGUCAAAGAGUAAAGGAGAGAAUUCAGUAACCGAACAUGACUCUGGUCUGAAUAUCUCCAAAGACUACAUCCUCUUUAGUCCAAUGUGUAUAGCUGCAGCCAGAGAACGUUCCGGAUUAUACCAGCAGACAAGAUGUUACAGAAACACAUCUGUCUCUGUGCUCACACCUCCCCCUGGUCUGGAGCUCAGCACCCUUGGCCACUCUGUGUCUGACACAGCACAGAGUUUUCACAUGGCUGUUCCCACUGAUCGGGUAGACAAGCUGCUGCUGUCCAGCUGGGGUCUCCCUCAGCCUGUACUGGACAGAUACAGGAGUCUGGGCAUCCAGCGCAUGUUUGAGUGGCAGGCAGAGUGCUUGACUCUGGGACAGGUUUUAGAAGGGAAGAACCUGGUCUACUCAGCUCCUACCAGUGCAGGAAAAACACUAGUUUCAGAGUUGCUUAUCUUGAAGAGAGUGUUGGAAACCAGACGGAAAGCCAUUUUCAUUCUGCCUUUUGUAUCUGUGGCCAGAGAAAAAAUGUUUUAUCUUCAGAACGUGUUCCAGGGGGCAGGGGUGAGAGUGGAGGGCUAUAUGGGGAGCACUUCAGCACCAGGAGGCUUCUCUGCCCUUGAUGUGGCUGUGUGUACCAUAGAGAAAGCCAAUGGCCUUAUCAACAGACUCAUCGAGGAGGACAGAAUGGAUCUACUGGGGAUUGUGGUUGUAGAUGAGCUGCACAUGUUGGGGGAUUCUGGGCGAGGGUACCUGCUAGAACUCCUCCUCACCAAAAUUCAGUACAUUGCCCAGAAAACUGCAGCCAGUCACUCCUCAGAGACCAACACAAAUAAAACUGACGGUACUCAGAUUGUGGGCAUGAGUGCCACCUUACCAAACCUGGAUCUCCUGGCACGCUGGCUGCGGGCAGAGCUCUACCACACAGAUUAUCGCCCUGUGCCUCUGAUGGAGUGGGUGAAGAUCAGCAGUACUUUAUAUGAUGGCUCCAUGAAUGUAGUCAGACACUUCACACCUCUUCUCCCUGUGAAGGGUGAUGAUGACCACAUUGUGAGCCUGUGUUUUGAGACAGUGCGGGACGGCCAUUCAGUCCUGCUCUUCUGUCCUGCUAAAAACUGGUGUGAGAAGCUGGCAGACAGCAUUGCACGAGAGUUUUACAACUUCCACCACAGAGGUCAGUUAAAGAAACAGUCUAGCCCUGAAGACUACACUGUGUUUCUAGACCAGGAGGGACUCAGUGAUGUGGUGGCCCAGCUGAAACGCUCUCCUGCUGGUCUUGACCCAAUCCUGCAGCGCACAGUUCCCUGGGGGGUAGCAUUUCACCAUGCAGGUUUAACGUUUGAUGAGCGAGACAUUCUGGAAGGAGCCUUCAGACAGAGCUACAUCAGAGUGUUGGUUGCCACUUCCACUCUGUCCUCUGGUGUUAACCUCCCAGCUCGGCGCGUGAUCAUCCGGACGCCUGUCUUCCAUGGCUACCUGCUGGACAUAAUGACCUAUAAACAGAUGGUGGGACGGGCAGGCAGGAAGGGCGUGGACACUGUGGGUGAAAGCAUCUUGGUCUGUAAAGAGUCUGAGCGUCUCAAGGGGGUGUGUCUGAUUCAGGGUUCCCUGAAACCCAUCAGCAGCUGCCUGGUGAAGAGGGAGGGCGAGGGUGUGACCACCAGUAUGCUGCGAGCUAUCCUAGAGAUAAUUGUUGGUGGAGUGGCCAGCACACCACAGGAAGUGAGGACAUAUGCCUCCUGCACACUGUUUGCUGCCAGUAUGGUGCAUAAGGGCUCUGAGCAGGACGGAGCAGUGGGGGGGGCUGCAGAGAGCAGUGGGGCCAUAGAGGCUUGUAUGGAAUGGCUGAUGGACAAUGAAUUCAUCCACAUCCAAAAGGAAGGAGAAGUGGAGAAAUAUUGCCCGACCCAUUUGGGAUCUGCCACAGUGUCCUCGUCUCUGUCUCCUCCUGAGGCAUUGGGAAUAUUUGCAGAUCUCCAGAGAGCAAUGAAAGGAUUUGUUUUGGAAAAUGAUUUCCACCUUCUUUACCAGGUAACACCGGUGUACGUAGACUGGACAAACAUUGACUGGUACCAGUUCUUCUGCCUUUGGGAGCAGUUGCCCUCAUCACUAAAGCAUGUGGCAGAGAUGGUGGGCAUCCAGGAGGGAUUUCUGGCUCGCUCUGUCAGUGGAAAAUUAAUUGCCAAAACAGAGAAGCAGCGCAGGCAGAUGGCCAUUCAUAAACGGUUUUUCACGACUCUGGUACUGCUGGACCUGGUCAAUGAGAAGCCUCUUGACACAGUUGCAAAGAAGUAUGGCUGCAGCCGGGGUCAGCUCCAGUCGCUUCAGCAGUCUGCAUCUACCUAUGCAGGUAUGGUAACAGUUUUUUGCAACCAGCUGGGGUGGUACAAUCUGGAGAUGUUACUGUCACAGUUCCAGAGUCGUCUGAGUUUCGGGGUGCAGAGGGAGCUCUGUGACCUGGUGCGCAUUUCUCUGCUGAAUGCACAGAGAGCACGGGCUCUGCAUGGUGCAGGUUUCCUCACGGUGUCUGACUUGGCUCGAGCUAAUGUAGCUGAUGUUGAAAAGGCCCUCAGGAAAGCUAUCCCCUUCAAAAGCUCCAAACAGGAGGUGGGUGAGAAGAAUGAGGAAGCUGUUGAAUCCAGGAACAUGCGCUGUAUCUGGGUCAGUGGGCAGAAGGCCCUAACUGAGAGAGAGGCAGCACAUGAGAUAGUGGCUGAGGCCAGGGCACAGCUGAAGGAAGACCUGGCUCUCCUCGGAGUCGCCUGGGACCCUGAGAGCCUCUCUCAGCAGGCCAGUCCAGACCCUCAUUCACAUGAGGGCUCACUUGAACCAGGACAUUCACACGUGGGCUCACCUGAACGAGGAGUAGAGGGAUCAAAAUCAGAGGACCCAGCAGGUCACCAAGAGAAUGACAACAAAGAGAUACUGAAUGUGGAGACAGCGAAAGACAGAAAGAAAGAACAGCAAAUUGUAUCUGAAACCAAAGAUUGUCCGAAUGUGAAAAUAAGAGAUUUCUCUGUGAAUCAGGAAGAACCAAUAGGUUCAGUUUCAGCAGACUCAAGUAGUAGACUUGUGUCAGGUCUAUCAGAGACAUCUGUUCACAGCGUGAAGCAUGUUCAAUCCACUGCACUGCAAAAGGUUCUUAUGACCAUGAAUGCUAUAAACAAAACGAACCAUGAGGAGAACAUGACUGUUGAACUGGCAUUUGCUGGUCCUGCAAAACGAUCUGCUGAAAUGGACAUAAGAUUUUCCUAUGAUGUAAAAAGUUUAUCUGCAUCAGAUUUACAUUGCCACAAAGUAGUGCAAGCCGUCAAACGGAGGAAGUUGGAGAAAGAAAUCAGUGUGUCACACAGAGAUGGUGAUGUCAGUCCGAAGACCUCUGACACUGCCACUUGUGUUAGUUCAGGAGUCUCAGCAUUUGAACCUACAAAGGCAGAUUUCCCACCUGACUGUGGGGAGGGACCAAAAACUGGUCAUGACAACCCUGACAGGAGCAGCAGUCUUCUUUUUGACAGCCUGUAUGACAACUCCAUACUGGAUGUCCAGGAGGAAGAACAAGCACCUGACAAGGACGAAAAUAAGGAGACAGUAGGUGCGCAUGCUGGAGCUCCUGACCCCCCCGCAGCUCAAAAGGAGGAAACGAUGAGUGCUGGACUAGAGGAAGUUCAGGAAGCAAUCCAAUGGGGCGAGUCAUCCUUCAACCUCUCAGAGUGGGGUGAUUCAUUAGUCACUGGGCAAAACUGCCUGGAAAAACUCAGAAGUGUUUUCAAUAGUCCAAAAUCAAGCCCACGUGAAACAGUGGGUUUAUGCAGAAAUUCUGAAAACGUGUCACGCAUAGAGACAGGCGAUAAUGAGGAAAUGGUAUAUAAAUGUGAUGAAGCAAGAACAAACAGCACCUCCUUUCAUAUCAGCCCAGGAAUGCAGGAUAUUCUAGAUAAAUGGUGUGAUCAGUUUUCUACACCACAUGAAAGUCUAAGGAAUUUUUACCCAAACGUGAUUAAGCCAGAGGUUACCAGUCCUGUCGGUUUCACAAACAGUGCAGAUGGUCAUUCAGGCCUAGGAGGCUCAGCCACAGCAAGACCACCACAGGGUCCUACUGACCUCGGCACUCCUGUGCCUGGUCUGUGUGAGCUCGCUGCACCCCAAAACAAGACCACCACCUCAGCAGUACAGUCAUCACUCCACCACACCGGGGUGUAUCCACAUUCUGAAUCGGAAUCUCUUCAAGACCUAAGACCUUUGUUAACGGCAAAGAGAGACUUGGACAGAUCUCUGAUCGAUGAUGGCUCUUCACUGGUCUUGUCUCAGCCCUUGUCAUCCAAUCCCAGUAGCCCGGAAUCUUUCUCCAUCAUUGAUGUGGCCAGUGAUAAGGUCCUUUUUCAAACCUUUAUAAAAGAGUGGAAAACAAAGAUGAGGUUUUCUUUAACAGUGGCCUGUGAGAAGAAAGACUGCAUUCUGUCCUCUGAACCUGUCAUUGGGGGGAAAUUAAAAAAACGAUUGACCCCACUGGAGGCAAAACGAAAAGAUGGGUUUCCUGUGAAAGGAAGUGAAGGCCUGGUUGUAAUUGGCAUAUCUGUGUGCUGGGGAGGGAAGGACGCCUAUUACGUGUCACUACAACAGGAACAAUCAAACACAGAGUUGAGUGAAAGCUUAGCGCCUCCACCACUGGACGAGAUGCUGACAGUGGAGGAGAGACUUGAGCAGAUUAAGGCCAGUGUGAAUCGGAAGUCACUUUGUGGGGCACAGAAUGUGGUGGUUACUUAUGACUUCAUACAGCUAUACAAGACUCUUGUUUUGGCAUGUGGGGUGUCUCUGACUGGCACAUUUGAAGACCCAAAGGUUGCCAGUUGGCUGCUGGAUCCAGGCUCCAAAGAGCGCAACCUUCACAACAUGGUCACAAACUUUGCUCUUCAAGAUCUGCCUCUUUUGGAUGGGAUCUCUCCAGGCCAAGGUGUCUGCAGCCUUGGCAUAAAUGGAGACCCCUGUCAUCCCGGACGUUACAGAGCAGCUGUUGAGUCUGUUCUUGUCUUCAGAGUCAUGAUGCAGCUGAAUAACCUGCUGGAGAAGGAUCAUCUUCUAGAUGUCUUCCAAAAAGUGGAGAUGCCCUCGCAGUACUGCCUUGCACUAUUGGAGCUGAAUGGCUUUGGCUUCAGCAUGGAUGAGUAUGAGGCUCAGAAACACGUGAUGCAGGCUAAACUCAGUGCACUGGAGUCUCAGGCAUACCACCUGGCAGGACACAGGUUCUCCCUAACCAGCCCAGAGGAUGUCGCUGAGGUACUGUUCCUAGAGCUGAAGUUACCUCCCACUGGCGACCUCAGUGGUUCAAAGAAUAAGAAGACUUUGGGCUACACCAGGAGAGGUGGAGCGGGAGCCUGUAUCAGGCUAGCCAAACAGUUCAGCACCACAAAGGACAUUUUGGAAAAGCUCAGACCGCUUCAUCAGUUACCAGGAGUGAUCCUCGAGUGGAGGAGGAUCACCAAUGCCAUGACCAAAGUCAUCUUCCCUCUGCAAAGACAGAAAUGCUGGCACUCUGGUCUGAGGAUGGACAGAAUACAUCCAGUCUCACAGACUCACACAGCCACAGGAAGAGUGAGUUUCACUGAGCCCAAUAUUCAGAAUGUACCAAAGGAUUUUGAGAUAGAGAUGCCCACCCUGAUCACAGAGAGUCCACCAUCCCAAAAUGGAGGAGACAUGUUAAAUACAAAGACGUGGAAUAACAGCACAAAGAUUCAUCAGCAGUUGGCACCACAUUUCAAGAAACUGUCAGAGAAAGAGAAAGGGGUUCAGGGGCCAGAGAAAGGGAAAGGGGUUCCUUAUUCGGUCAGCAUGAGACAUGCCUUUGUGCCUUUCUCAGGAGGGCUGAUUUUGGCUGCCGACUACUCACAGUUGGAACUGCGUAUCUUGGCUCACUUGUCGCGUGACCGACGGCUCCUCCAGGUGCUCAACAGUGGUGCUGAUGUUUUCAGAAAUAUUGCUGCAGAGUGGAAAAUGGUGGAUCCUGAAACAGUUGAUGAUCAUUUAAGACAACAGGCUAAACAGAUUUGCUAUGGUAUAAUCUAUGGCAUGGGAGCCAAGUCACUUGGAGAACAAAUGAAUACUGAUGAAAAUGAUGCAGCCUGUUACAUUGAGACAUUCAAAUCCAGAUACACAGGUAUCCAGACCUUUCUACGUGACACUGUGCAGAAAUGUGGUAAGGAUGGUUACGUGAAGACCAUACUGGGAAGAAAGCGGUUUCUCCCUGGAAUAAAGGAUCCCAAUGUCUAUAUAAAAUCACAUGCAGAGCGGCAGGCAGUCAACACCACUGUGCAGGGCUCAGCGGCAGACAUCGUUAAACAGGCUACAGUGAACAUCCAGCGAAGACUGGAGGAAACCUUCCCCAACAUCCCUCUAUCUCAUCAGCACCCCACUGCUGGAGCAGACCACAGGCAGAGAAAGAUUGCGCGGAGGCCUAGUCGGGGAGCUUUUUUCGUUCUUCAGCUACACGAUGAGCUCAUCUUCGAAGUAGCAGAGGAAGAUGUCAUUAAGGUUGCACAGAUAGUGAAGAGGGAAAUGGAGUCAGCUGUGAGGCUGUAUGUGAAGCUGCGAGUGAAGAUUAAAGUUGGCCCCAGCUGGGCUGAUCUUCAUGACCUGGACAUUUAA